UCCAGUAUGUUUUAGUGCGGUCUUUGUGUCACCAUUGCCUAAAAAGGAGGGCAAAUUUUAUUGCGCUGCAGUAGGAACUUUUAGAAUGGAAAGAACACAACUAGUGAAUUUGUGUUAUCAAGUUCAAAACCCAGCUAUGGCAGAGGAAUCAACUGGAACAGAAACAACCACAACACUGGAAAAUGAGAAAAAAACGGGUGGCGAGGAACCAAAAACGACAGCCCCAAAUGCUGACACUCCUGCCAACGCUAAAAAACACAAGAAGAAGAAAAAGAAAACCGGUGACCGGAAAGAUAAUCAACAGAAAGGGGUAAAAAUCAACGAGGAACCACCCAAACAAGAGACCACAGAACUGACUCCUGAUGAGCAGCUGAGUCGAGAAUUAGAUUGGUGCAUCGAACAGCUGGAGCUCGGCCUGAGAACUCAAAAAACCUCCAGCAAACAACGGGAAGAAGCAAGCCAUGCUCUGAAGACGUUACGCAGCUCCAAAGCUCCCUUGGUGAAGAAGAGGCAGGUAAUGCGAGCGAUCUCUGGAGACUACAGGAAAAAGAUGGAAGAGGAAAGAGCCAGACAGUUCAAACUCAUAGAGUCAGCAAUGACCUCUGCCCGGGUCACCAGUGUCUCUGGGUGCAAACCCGUAUUUCACCGGAAAGCUGAGAGAAACGCACACCCCACAAACAAAACUGACAAGUCUCAAGAGACACACACACUGCAAGGGCCCCAGGAGACACAGGAACACACAAAGACUGAUGGAGACACAAAACCUUUUGUUUUCACUAAAACAGCUGAAGACUUUUGCUUUAACUUCAACUUAUGAUUUAACACUGUAACAUCAAACAACAGGAUUUGUGCCUUAAUUAGAUGCAUAGUAAGAUUUUAUGUACUAAUUUUGUGAUAUGUUCUCUGUGUAUACUUUAAUAAAAGAUUUCACUUGUCAUUUUCAUAGAAAACAUUUUAGGGAAAAAUCUAAAUAAAUGAAUUAUGCCCCAAACAUUUCCAUUUAAUUUUGUAUU